AUGGAUUUAGCCGGAGUUCUAGCGACAUUUACUCUCCUCAACUACACCACCGCCUCGAAUUCAUAUUCCGUCACAUAUUCAAUUACAAUGGCCGACAAGCUCCGCAACCAGCAAGAACUCGAGCGCCUCCAGGCCAAGUACGUCGGUACUGGCCAUCCAGACACCACCAGCUGGGAAUGGCGCACCAACAUCCAGCGCGACACCUACUCCUCGAUCGCCGGCCACCGACCGCUGGUCUCGUACAUUGCGCUGGCGGAAAACGAGCCCGUUAUCAAGGUCCGGGCGCAGAUGAUUCGGAAAAUGAUACAGCCUUGCGGAGCCCCGCCUCCUCGUGAAACAUAG